AUGACAAAAAUUUUUGACUACGAAUAUUUGACGACGCGGCAAUUGAAGGGUUUCGACAGCUACAAAUACAAUUGUAUCGAUAAUUCGCCGUUGAGUGUUUAUGUUUCACAUCCGUUUUGGAAUUGGUUGGUGCAGGUGAGGAGAAUUUGGCGGGAAAUUGAGAAAUGAGAAAAAACGUGACCCAUUUUUUGUAAUUUUUGAAAUUUCAUAAAUCGAAAUUUGUUUUUUGAAAAAUUUUUGGCAGAAAAUUGCAGAGCUUGUAGAUCAGGUACGCACAAUUGCACAGAAACACCUAAAAUCACUCAAAUAUGCAGAAUUUCCAAUAAAAACACCAGAUUUGACGUAAAAAUACAGAAUUUCACCUCAAUGCAUCAUAUUUGACGCGAAAAUGCACAGAAACACCAAAAAUCACGCAAAAAUGCAGAUUUCCUCCAAAAUCCCUCAUUUUUCCAGUUUUAUCCAUUAACAUGGGUUCCAAAUGUGAUAACAUUAGUUGGUUGGGCACUUGUGAUGUUCGGAUUUGUGCUAGAAUCAUAUUUGGAUUAUGAUAUUUCGAGGAACUCUGAUGGAGCACUCAAUCCUAUUCCAGAUUGGUGAGUUUUGGGUGAAAAUAUAUGGAAAAUGUAGAAUUUUGACCCAGAAAACGUGAUUUUUGAUGGAAAUUUCAUGAAAAAUCUGAAAUUUCACAUCAAUUUGACCCAAAUUCCUUCAGGUUCUGGUUAGUGGCCGCUUUAUGCACAUUUCUGGGUCAUACUUUGGAUGGAACUGAUGGAAAACAAUCGAGAAGAAUUGGAGCUGGUGGACCGACUGGCGAAUUGUGUAAGUAUUUGAUUUUGAAAGCGAUUUUUGGAAAAUUCGAGAAUUGUUUGUUGUGAAAAUCCAAUUUUGAUGAAAAAUAUAGUUUUUUUUCGACUUUUCCUUAUCAAUUUUGCAAGUUUUCUUUGUGAUAACGGGAUUUUUUUGACGAUUUUUUGUUUGGAAAAUUUUAGAAUUGAAUUUGAAAAAAAUCAGAGUUCAAAUUGUUCAUGAAAAACUUCAAAAGUUUGAUUUUUACCAAAAAUUCAUGAAAAUUUAGGUUUUUACAUAAAAACAUAUAUAUCUUAAGUAGCCACGCCUAGAAAGCAUUGGUUUCAAGCAGCGGCGCUUAGAGAGCUCAAUUUUCAAGCAGUCACGUCUUGAGAGCAUUAGUUUCAAGCAGCCACCCCUAGAGAACGUAGUUUUCAAGCAGCGGCGCCUAGAGAGCAUAGGUUUUCAAGUAUUGGCGCCUAGAGAACAUUGUUUUUAAGCAGCGACGCCUAGAGAACCUUGUUCUCAAAGUGCCGAGUCGAGAGGAUGUUAUCAAGUAGCGACUCCUAUAGAAUCUAGUUGUCUAGGUGCCGUGCCUAGAAAGCUUAUUUGUCAAGGAUCAGCGUCUAGAGAACAUAGUUUUCAAGUAGCCGAGCCUAGAGUCACUUGUGAUGCUCAAAAAUCCCCUAAUUUUUUUGCAGUCGAUCACGGUCUGGAUUCCUGGUCAACAGUUCCAUUCACAAUCACAAUUUUCUCGAUUUUCGGUCGCGGACAUUUCUCGAUUUCAUGUCUCGAAUUACUCUGUGUUCUCAUUUCAACACAAAUCGUCUUUUUUGCAACACAUUGGGAGAAAUAUAAUACCGGAAUCAUGUUUUUGUCGUGGGCUUAUGAUUUGAGCCAAUAUGUGAGUUUUUUUGUGCAUUUUGGGGAAAAAACCACUGAAAAAUGAUCAAAAAUGGGCGGAGCUUGAAUUUGCAAGACUGGCACAGUUUUUUUUAAAUCAAAAAUUAUAUUUGAAAAGGCAAGCCUGACAGUUUUUCUGAUUUUCAACGUUAAAAACCAGAAAAAAUGCAACCCUGGCACAGUUUUACCCGAGAAAAAGUGUGCCAGGAUUGCAGAAAGCCUGAAAAUAUGAUCGAAAAUGGGCGGGGCUUGAUUUUGAAAGAUUGGAAAACAGUUUUUAUCUUCAAAGAUUCAGGAAAAACUGUGCCAGGAUUGCAGAAUGGUUUAAAAGAGCCACGCCCAUUUUCUGCAAGCCUAGCAUAGUUUUCUCCUUUGAUUUCUCAUGUUUUUUGAAAUCCCGAAAAAUUUACGUUUCGAAAAAAUUAGAAAAUAACUUUUUCUGGUUUUUUUUGAUCGGGUAUUUCAUUUCUCAUUCAGCAAUCUCACGUCAGAAAAAAAAUAAUUGCAAAAUGCACAAAAGUUCGUUUGGGACCCUGAAAAUAUGGGAAGAAAAUAGGAAUUCUGAAAAAUCGGCACGGAAUUUAUUUUUGCAAGCCGGGCACAGUUUUUCCUUCAAAAAAUCCCCGAGAAAAAGUGUGUCAGGAUUGCAGAAUGAUAUAAAUAAGCCACGCCCAUUUUCUGCAAGCCUCGCACAGUUUUCUUUUUGUUUUGCAGGGUCUUGUAAUUGUCUAUUUAUGGACAUAUUUUGUUGGCUACAAAUGGUUCCAUUUCAUGUUACCAGGCGGAUUUGUCAAUUUUGCAUUCGCUUUUCAAAUUGGAUUUUAUGGUGAGUUUUUUUGGGGGUUGUUGAAAAUGUUGACAUAUUUCUUCUACCUCGGGAAUCGCCAGGGCUGUCAAAAAUCACACCGGAAUUUGCCUACCUUUGGGGGAUAUUUUGAGAUUUCCGGAAAAUCCUAUCAUAUUUUCCCUAUCUGUCGAAAAUCACACUAUAUUGUGCCUACCUCGAAGAUUUUGAGGGCUGCCGAAAAUCCUGGCAUAUUUCUCCUACCUGUCAAAAAUCGCACUAUAUUUUCCCUACCUUUCUAUUUUUCCAGCAUGCUGUGCACUUUCUCUCGUCGCCUCAGCCUACAAUAUUUCGGUGGCCGAAAAAUUGAAACAUGUGAGUUCUAGUUCAUCCCCUCAAAAUUUUCAGCCCACAAUUUUCAUUUUCAGAACACAUUUCUGGCUGCAUUCCGACCGGCUUGGCCAGUUUUGACACUUUUCGGUUCCUCGAUUUUCUGGGGAGCAUAUUCGCCCGGAAAUGUGCUCGAUAUCGAUCCGCGCUGCUUCUUUUUCUGCAUGGGAACUGUUUUUAGUAAUGUGGCGGUAAGCGGAAACUUGCGGCAGACAGCUAGAGAACACUGAGAGGUCAGAGACGCAGACACUAGUUGUCUAUGUCUCUCAUUUUUCUAUGAUCUCUAACUCUUGUUACUUUAGCUCAAAAGUUUCCUAUCUAAGAUUGAGUACUGUAGGGGCUCCAGAUUACUGUAGAUAAUUCUACAGUACUCAUUGCACCGAAAAUUUUCCAAGUUUCUUUUCCCAAAAAUUUCGAAGCUACGGUAAUCUUCAUAGGCCUGAAGAACUACAGUAGUCUCAUGGUUACUGUACUUUGAAGCUUUUCGAGCUACAGUACUCUUAGCUACAGUACCCUCCAUGUGUUUUUUUUUGCAGUGUCGACUAAUAAUUGCCCAAAUGUCGAAUUCGAUCGCCGAAAUUUUCAAUUUUGCACUCACAAUUUAUAUUUUUGCCAUUGGUACUGUACUUUUUUCGCUUCAGGACCCAUUUUUGAAUUUUUGCAGGUUUGGCUUUCCAAUUUCCAAAUUUCGAAUUGUCAAUUUUGCGUAUCUCAACUAUUCUCAUCACUUUAAUACAUGUACACUAUGGAGUUUGUGUGGUAAGUUGCGGGUACUGUAGGAGGGGUACUGUAGGUAUCGUAAUCUGGAAGCUCAAGUUUUGACCACUUCAUUUGAGAACUUGAAGUACAGUAAGCUACAGUAAUCUGGAAUUUUCUAAAUGAGAAUAACUGCGAAUUUCGUUAUUUGAAAAUUUUUUGAACUACAGUACUCCGGAUCAUUUUUCCUGAAUAGAAAAUGUGGAGUACUGUAGUUUUAUGAUCCUUUAAAAAAUAUUCUGACUCACAGUAAUCUGAUUUUUGGAUUACUGUAGAACUUGGAUAUUUUCUAUAAGCCUUUAAAAUUUUGAGGUUGAGCUACAGUAACCCAAGUAAUAAAUCACUCAAAAAAUUUUCAUUCAAAAUGCAAAUUUUCCCAGGUUACUGUAGGUUCUUUGUUUUCGUCGCCAACAAAAAGCAUAAAUUUUGAACCCAAAAUUUUCCGAAUUCAAAUUUUCAUUGUUUUUCAAAUCUCAAACAAAGAAAUUGAAUUUUUCCCAAUUUUUUUUUCAAAAUUUAUGAUUUUUUGUUCUGGAAAACUAUAAAAGCAGGUGGAAAAUGCUCAAAAUUGCCUUCAAUUUUUUUUUCUCGAAAAAUUUUUUUGUUUGAAAAAAUUGCAUAAUUAGGUUAUUAUUUUUUCCAGUUUUUUUGCUCAAAGAGCACAAUUUUUUAAAAUGUUAUUUUAUCUCAAAUUUCUACAUGUUCCUUUAAAAUGUGCCUACAGUACUCUUUCAUUUUUUGCAGGUCCGUCAACUUUGUCGUCAUUUCAAAAUCGAAGCCCUAAGUGUUUCUUAUUUGGAAAAACGAAAGGCGAAAAAUUGA